AUGCCGCGCGCGACGCUGCGUACACCCUUCAACCCAGACCACCAAGUCAACUACGGACUUUCCAUCGCAAGUCGGGACGUAGCCACGUCGGAGGUCGUUUCAGUAGAUUGUCUCUUCUGUAUUCACUUUGACCGAGAGGACACAGACACGAGCACCGCCCAGGAGGAACGGAAGCGGCGCAGAACCGAAAAUAUCAAGUCUUUCACGAAACCAUUUCGAACCGACAAUCACGUACAGCACUUCAGCCGCCAGCACAAGGCUCGCUGGGAACAAUUCAAGAUCCUGGUCAGGGACCAAAAGGCCACCUUUUUCCAAAGAAAUGCACCAGUCAGGCACAGGAACACCAUUCCAUCGCACUUCGCCGGCAACCAGACGGCAAUGCAGCUUUACAUCAACAAAGCGAUUGUUGACGUCAUCAUCGGGAACCUACUUCUCGACCAGGACGACGACGAUGGGCUGCCGAACAUGUGUAGGGAAAGAGCACUUAGAAUCUUCGAAGAUAUCGAUCCCAACACCGUUGAAGACCCUGGAUUGGCCACUACCAAAUAUCGAAUCGACAUCUCGAAUCCAAAGCAAUUCAAUCUGGUGGCGGGAUUCCUCAGCACUGGAGUUUCCUUUCGCCAAGCAAUAGCUCUGGUUACCAUGACGAAAGAAGUCACCGACGUUGCGGAGAUCGGCACUGCUAAGGAUGAAAGGGUCGCUCAGUACGCUCGCUUUAUUUUGGCCUUGAAUCUGCAACAUAUCCACGACAUCUUGGAAAAUGGCUGGGCAUUCUCAAUAGCUUUGGAUAUGUCCACUCACAUGUCGACUUCUUACCUGGAUAUCCGCAUUCGGCCCUUCUGGCAUGGCGAGACCCUCAACUUGCACUUGAUUGGGAAUCCGGUUUUCUGCAGGCAUACGGCAUCAGAACUGUACCGCCACGCUUCGGCAGUGCUGGAUGUACUCUGCACUGAUCAGAAGACUAUGCUGAUUUCAAUCUCAACGGACGGCGAACCGCGAAUGACCGGCCACAUUGGCGGGGUGGCCACGCUAUUUGAACAAGCAGCAUUAGCUGGAUUUUAA